AUGCUCUUUGCUCUUGUCUCGCUUGCUCUCCUCGCCCCCUCCGUCAUCGCGCACGGCUGGCUCUCGACCAUCUCUAUCGAUGGCACGACCUACACCGGCCCCUCGCCCGACGACGCGCCCACGAAGGACACCGUCAUCCGCCAGGUCUCGGACGUCAGCCCUGUCAAGGGUGCUACCAACCCGGACAUGGUAUGCGGUCUGAGUGCUUCGCUUGCCAACAAGCAGGCGACCGCUAUGCCCGGCAGCAAGAUCGACUUCAUGUGGAUCAGCCGCGGACCUCAGAACUGGAUUCACAAGGUUGGCCCGGUCAUGACCUAUCUCGCGGAGUGCACCGGCACGCCCGACUGCUCGACCUUCAACGCCUCCGACGCUCAGUGGUUCAAGAUUGACCAGAUGGGUCUCAAGGACGCGGCUUCCGGCACUUGGUGGCACCAGAACUUCUUCGAUGGCGAGCCGCUCAGCGUAACGCUCCCCUCUGACCUCAAGGCCGGCAACUACCUCUUCCGCAACGAAAUCAUCGCUCUUCACACCGCGACGUCCGAGGGUGGUGUCGAGUUCUACCCCGCUUGCGCGCAGCUUUCCGUUGGCGGCACCCAGAAUGGUACUCCCAACGCAACUGUCUCCAUCCCCGGCGUGUACUCCGACACCGACGCCGGCAUUGUCACUCCGGACAUCUUCAACACGCCGGUCCAGUACAUCUUCCCCGGCGGUCCCGUCAGCAGCAUGGCCGUUGAGGCGGACAGCGCAGAUCUCGCGGACUUGAAGGCAGUGACCACUCAGCCCGCUGUCGCCUUCAACAUUCUCUCGAGCGGUAGCGACUCGACGCCGUCUAGCAACUCCUCGAGCGCGGCAUCUUCCGCCACCUCUGCCACCGCUUCCUCUGAGGCUUCCCCCUCCACCGUCGCAGGUUCCGCUUCCGCUGCAUCCACUACCGCCGCGAGCAAGUCUUGCAAGGCGAAGACCACCUCGCAGAAGAAGCGCCGCGUCCACGCUCGCCACUGGUUCCACUGA